UUAUGUCACUUAAACUAACAUAUACACUUGGUAAUCCAAGAGCUGGUAAAAUUGUAGUGGCUGCUCAAUUAGCCAAUGUCUAAAUCAUUAACGAUUUUGUAGAAUAUAAAUCUUUAGAAGUAAAAAUUCUUUAUUCAUACUAGACACCUGCCUUUUUGGCUAAAAAUCCAGUUGGUAAGAUUCCUUUGUUAGAGACACCUGAAGGAUAUCUAACUGAAAGCAAUGCUAUAUUAUAAUAUGUUGCCAGAGGAACACCUUUGGUAGGAGUAACAGAUUACCAAUAAGCCAAAGUUAGACAAUGGUUAGAUUUUACAUCACUUGAAUUGGAACCUACUCUACUUGGUUUACUAUUACCAAUACUUGGUUAUGAAUAGACAACACCCUAAAAAUAAGAAGAAGUUAAGAAAGAAUUAAAUUGGAAAUUAAAAAUAUUAGAAAAUCAUUUUAAAGCAAAUAAUUUCUUAGUUGGUGAAUUAUUGACAAUUGCUGAUUUAAAUUUGGCAUCAUAUUUCUAAGGAUUAUUUACAUUUGCAUUUGAUAAACAAUAUAGAGCAACAAUACCAAAUAUAACAAGAUGGUACAAAUAUAUAUCUGAAUUACCUGCAUUUGUGAAUGUAAAAUUAAUAAUAUAUAAAUCUAGUAUUAUGGAAAAACCAAAUAUUGUGUAAAGGCUUUCCCAUUUUAAUAUUAAUAGUAAUAACAAUAAUAAUAAUAAUAACAAUAAUAAUAAUAAUAAUAAUAAUAAUAAUAAUAAUAAUAAUAACAAUAAUAAUAAUAAUAAAAAUAAUAAAAAUAAUAACCAUAAAAUGCCUAAUAAUAAAAGCCUGCUCCAAAAGAUGAAGAAGAAGAAGAGAAACCAAAAAAAUAAUAAUGUGAAUUUGAUUUAUUACCUUAAUCUACUUUCAAUAUUGAUGAUUGGAAGAGAUAAUUUUUAGCAUCAAAAGAUUUUGCUGCUGAAUUCAAAAACUUUUGGAACAUUUUUGAUUCUUAAGGAUGGUCAAUUUGGAUUAUUAAAUACAUUAAAGCUGAAUAAGAAGGAAAAGUAUUGAUUUCAUUUAGAAAUAAUUGCAAUGGAUUUUUAUAAAGAGCUGAUCCUCAUUUUAAAAAAUGGGCAUUUGCUAUUCAUGGUGUCUAUGGAGAUGUCCCAGAUCUUUAAAUUAGUGGAGCUUGGAUUUGGAGAGGAACUGAAAUUCCAUAAUAUUUAGUAAAAGAUUAUUUUAAUAUUAUAUAGAAAGAUCAUCCAACAUUUGAAUAUUUAUAAUUAACUAAACUUGAUGCUACUAAACCAGAAGACAGAGCAUUAUUUGAAGAAUAUUGGCUUAAUUAGACUGAAGAUGAAUCAAAGGUUUAAGGACUUACAGCAAGAGCAUUAUAUUAUUUUAGAUGAA